AUGAAUAAAAAUUCAACAAUAGCAAAUAAUAUCAUGCAAAUGCAAUCAGAAGCAUUUAAAAAUACUUAUCAAGAAGUAAAAACUGAUUGGAUAUCACAACGAAUUGAUAAUUUUAAUCCAGAUGAUAAAGGAGAAUUCGAACAACGUUAUAUGUCUAAUUUGGAAUUUCACAAUAAUUCUGGUUUGGCAUUUUUAAAACUUGGUGGCGAGAAUGGAAUUACUGAAUCAAUGAUUGGUAAUGCAAUGAAUCCAUUGCUGAUAUUGGCUAAGAAAUAUGGCGCUGCAUGUUUUUGUUUAGAACAUCGUUUUUUUGGAGCAAGUCAACCAUUUGAAGAUCUCUCAAUCAAAAGCUAUAAAUACUUAACAAUAAAUCAAGCAUUAGCUGAUAUAAAAAAUUUCAUUGUUCAUAUGAACGAAGUAUUUUUCUCGGGAAUAGAAAAACCACGUUGGAUACUAUUUGGUAGUUCCUAUUCUGGUGCACUUGCAGCAUGGUUUCGUGAAAUGAACGAAGAUCUUACUAUUGCAGCAAUUGUAUCAUCUGGUGUGGUUCAAGCUGAAGUCGAUUAUUAUGAUCAUACCAAAAAUUUGGAAUAUGUAUUGAAGGAGGAAAAUGCACCGUGUGCUGAAACUAUUCGAUUGAGUAUGAAAGCACUGAUUGAAAAAACAUAUACCGCAGAUGGUAGGGCAGAAUUAGGAAAGGUUUUUAACAUGUGCGAACCAUUCACGGAGCCACCAAUAUCAAAAGAUAUACAAUUUUUUCUUGCAAAUAUUUUGUCUGUAUUUGGUGCUUUUAUACAGUAUGCAGGAGGAUGUCGACUUCCCGAUGUGUCUUAUUUUUGUGAUCUAAUAAUACAUGACACAGAUGGUAUUGGGAUAAUUUGGAAUGCCUGGAAAAUUCAUGAUAAAGUAUUUCAAUCUGAAGAAUGCUUUGAUCCAAGCUAUGAAAACCAUUUAGAAGAUUUGAGUAAUAUCAGUUUCGUGGAUAAUGAAUUUGCAUCAUAUCGUAGUUGGCUAUGGCUUUCCUGUACAGAACUUGGCUUUUUCACUACAACAAACAAUGGAAAAAGCAUAUUUGGAUCAUCUGUAUCACUUGAUUAUUUUAUCGAUAAAUGCAUGGACGUAUUCGAUGUGCAGUAUGAUGCGGAACGUGUUCGUGAUGGCGUGCGCAAUACAUUGCGUACAUUUGGAGGUUAUGAUAAUUAUAAAGGUAGCAAUACGAUAUUUGUAACUGGUUCACAUGAUCCAUGGAAAUCAGCUUGUUGUUUGAAUUGUACUGAUGUUACAAGAAAUGUUUACUCUUUUAUAAUUGAAGGUGGUUCUCAUUGCACUGACUCAUGUUCUGUGGAUUUCUUCAAUUUACCAGCAUUAGAUGAUUAUCGAAUAUUUCUUGAUGAAAAAAUAGAAAUGUUUAUUGCGGAAAGCUCUACAACCAAUGAUAGUUACAAUAGCAAAAACAAUAAUAACAAUAACAAAACAAUUAAAACAGCGCAACAAUAA